GUCUUUUUAAUUACACAUCUUUACUUUCAGAAAUCUAUACUGAGUCAUGGUUUUCCAGGCAUUCCAGGGUCAAAUGGCAUGCCGGGAAUGCCCGGCGUGCCUGGGCCGCAGGGACUCCAGGGAACAGAAGGUCCAAAAGGGCAAAUUGGUGAUAAGGGAUCGCAAGGAGUGCAGGGUCCAAGAGGAGACAGAGGGCGCGAAGGGCCUCCCGGGAAGAGCGGACCGCCAGGAAAUAUGGGAAUGAAAGGUGAAUCGGGGCUUGUGGGAAUGAAAGGAGAGCCAGGCAUUGUGGGAAAUCAAGGAAGAAAAGGAGACAAAGGAGAGAAAGGAGAAAGCGCCAAAGCAAGUCAAGCAAGUGUAGUACCACAAACCAACUGGAAACAAUGUGUGUGGAAAUCAGCCAACGGUGCUGAUAGCGGAAAGAUUAAGGUAAACAAGAAACGCACUAAAAACUAAACACGAACUAUUUAUAAUUACCACAGAUAAUGUCCAUAGGUGGAAAGAGAUCGAAAAUCCGUUUUUCUGAGAUAAAUUUAAAAGUACAGCUAUGACCUUGACCUCAUUGUCUCAGCCUUCAUCACCAAUCAACCUUUCUCCAGCUGGCCGGCAUUAAUUUUUGUAGAAAAAUUUGAAACGGCAAACGUAUACUUACGGCAAGGCGAUGAAGAAGUAGACAAGAGAAUAAUACAAAAAAUAUAUAUAUUUAAACAAAUUGCUCAAUAUUUCGGUUUGAAAACAAACCUUCUUCAGGGGCUAAAAGAAAAAAAAAAAAGAAAAGAAAUCUUAAAGUUCGUUACAAAUAAGAAUUUGUGGACUCGCUGUUAUUUUAUAUAUUAAUUUUUGUGUUAUCUAGCAUUAGUAAAGUUGCGGACAUUUUAAUCGUUUUUUUUUUUUUUUCUAGGACUGUGCCUUUAACAAGUUGAAAUCGGACACAGCGCUCAGAGUCUCAUUCCAGGGAAACAUGUAUGUCUAUGGUGAUGCUAAGUGUAACCGGUGGUAUUUCAAGUUCAAUGGAAACGAAUGCCGUGGACCAAUGACGAUUGAGGCCGCUGUUUACAACGACUGGUCAUCUGGGAACCCUGAUCUGUUCCAUCAUCGGUCAUUUAAGGGGUAUUGUGAAAAUAUCUCACAAGGAGCGGUUAGAGUGGAAUUAUGGGUAGGACGAUGUAGUGGCAGCACCUUGGGUAAUGCUUACACUGGCUGGAAUUCAGUGUCCCGGAUAAUGAUAGAAGAAGUAUCUAGGCCCCAGUCCUAAUAAGAGCUCUCCCUCCUUUCCGUGGUUUCCAAAAGAAAUUUAAAAGGGUUAGCUUUCCAAGAAGUUUUUUUUUUUUUCCUGCGAGGACUGAGUUUUGUGUGAGUGUGUGUUAAGAAAACCAUAUACAAAUAUAGACUGAAAAUAUAACGCGUGCAGAGGCAAUUUAAUUUAGCGUAAGCUUCGCCGGCUCAAGAGCAUUAGCCAGCCAAACGUCAAUGGCCGUUUUUAUACUAAGGACGUAUUAUCUGUCUGGACAAACUUGGGCAAACAUUGGUCGUUCGUCUGGUUAUGCGUCUCAAGUACAAAGACGGGCACAAGACGCUUUAAACGUCUGGGCGAACUUUCCUUCGUUGAACUACGCACUAUGAAAGGUAGUUUGUCUGGACGCAAAAUGCGUGUUGUGCCCGUCUUUAUAUUAGAGACGCAUAACCAGACGAACUAAAGAAUGUUAGCCCAAGUUCGCCCAGACAAAUAAUGCGUCCUUAGUAUAAAAACGCCGAAUGUCAAAGGCCUUUAUUAUGUUUUUUUAUGAAAAAAUACUCUCCCGCUUAUGUCCACAAAACUCCUGCCUUCGCAUUGUAGAACUACUAUUUGCCAUUUCUAUAUGACUUCAUGUUUGGCCAAUUGUGUGCGAUCACGUGAGGAUAAAGUUGGCAUAAUUUUAAUUGAAAAGGAAAAAAAAAGCAAAAGUUGAGUAUGAAACUUCCAUUAGACCAAAUAGACCAUUUCCUUGGUAACACAACCAGGCUUAAUCCCUCAGCCCCCACCCCCAGUACUAAAUUCUAUAUCGUUAUAGGUCGUGUAAGGAAUACUUGGUUAUUCUUUAAGUUGCAGUUAAAAAAAGGUGGGAAGCUAUUUUUUCUCAUUGAUAAUACAGUUUAUUACCAAAUCUCGUACAUCUUCAUACGUCCCUUCUUACAUAAGUUGUUUUUCCUUUUCAACCCUUCCGUCAUUGCAUUUGGCUUAAUGUGGAAGGUUAUUUCCGGGAUACACAUUUUGUUCCUACAUUAUCAAUAAAAUGAGAUGAAAAUCACGAAAGUAUGCACCACUCGUUAUACUGGACUCAAAGAUAUAUCAUGUAUAAGGUAACUUAACCAUAAAAAAAAAAGAGAGAUAAGUAUAGCGCACAAUAGCCUUAAACUGAACUUGCCUUUGAUGAGGAGUGAUCCCCAAUCAAAUCAGCGAUACGAAACUGAUCCUAUAAACACUUGAAUGCGAGCAUUUGUCUGCCUUAAGCUUUUCAACUUAUGAGAUAUUAAAAACGAGGAAGUAACGCAAAGACUCCGAUUUUCUUCAAUCACAGAAAAACGCAAAAGAAUAUCGACAAGCCAUUGUUGUUGUUGUUGUUGUUGUUUUUUCUCUCUCUUCCUUUAUUUCUUUAUUAGAUGCGAAAUAAACAGUCAGACCUAGGAAUAGUGUUACAAAAAUAACACCUUUUUAUCCGGUCCUAUGUAGCUAAGACUUUUCUGACAAGUGUCAUUCACAUUUUUUCAUCAAUAUCAAGGAGAACUGACGUACCGGCGGGAAUCGAACCCGGGCCUCCCGCCUAGUAAGUGAGAAUUCUACCACUGAACCACCAGUGCCUUGUUGAGCCAAUCGUUGCCUUAAUGAAGACACUCUGGUUAAAUGUAUAUGAUGGAAAAAACGAGGUCAAAAAGGGCAUACAAAUAAUCCAGCAGUAAGUGCACUACCAGGGUCUGGGACACCUUCGUGAGAUGACGACAUAAUACCUUCCAAAUGAUAAGCUUCAAUUCUUGUGAAGGGAUUUGACUGGUUUUUUUUUUAUUUUUAUUUAUUUAUUUAUUUAUUUUUUUGUCCUUCAGCUACCUGACUCUUUCCCAGUCAUCUUUCCCUUUUCUCUACUUUCAGUCUCUUACGUACUUUCCUCUACAUUAAAGAGGAAAGCGUGAGGGAUUCACACCGGAGAUACUGAAAGGAGGAAGAACUUCAUUUCUCUUGCUUCCUUUCUUCCCUGAUUGUAACUUUGCUCUUCAAGUUUAAUGAGCGGUCAUUAACUAUUGGGAGGGGGGGGAGGGCCGGUAUUAUUUCAAAAUCGAGGGCCUAAUUCUUUUAGCCCCUCUCAGGUUAACAGCCCAAAAAUCCAGCCCCCUCCAAAAAUGUGUGCCCGAAAAAUUGUAACCCUCCCCUGUAAUAACAUUUUGGGUAUUCAAAUGUUGCACUGUGAGAAUCCACAUGAGCGUAACUUUGGGACAAUUUUUCAUUGCAAUAAAAAAGUGUUAGUAUUCACAAUAUCUACAAGACCCAAUUUUUUCUUUUUGUUAAUUCAAUAACCACACAACAGUUCAAUACCCACCGAACAGUUCAAUAACCACACCAGUAGUUCAAUGACCAGACAUUAGUUCAUUGAGCGUAAAGUACAUGUAGCCGCGGAAAAAAUAGCCACAACUUCAUUAGAUAUUUUUUAAUUAGAAUGUGUAGCAUUAAGUAAGUGAUAAAUACUCAUUUAGCAACGAUACAAGAACUAAAUUUACAAAUAGCUAUGGUACAUUAUUGUUAUAAAGUUUUAGUGAGCUCACUAAUAUAGACAGGAACAUAGAUUGAUGUUAAUUAAGAAGUUCUAGUCUGCUCAGAAGGUCUGUCAUUCAUAUCAGGGGCACAGUGAACAGACCUGGAAAGAGAUUGAGCGUUGAAAAGGGAAAGCUAACUGGGUGCAGAGAAAAAUUCGGAAACUAAAUAAACCGACAGAGCGCGCGUUAAUAAAGCACAAAACAUAACGGUUAGCGGUGGAUGAAACCUUGUUUUGACUCUCUUUCCGCAGGUUUCAAACUACUUGUGUGGCUAUUGAACUGUUGUGUGCUUAUUGAACUAACAAAAAAAAAACUAACAAAAAGAAAAACUUAAUUGGUAAAUAAUGAUGCCGGUGAUGAUGAUGCCACUGUACAAUGUCAGGAGGAGGAAUCAGGAAGUGCCUUUGAUAUUCACUCGGGCAAUGCAAUGAAACCAUACGACAGUGGCAGUUCAGAUGACUCUGGCCCCUACUGGAACACAUUCAAAUGCGCUCCUUACUACUGAGUUUUGUAAAAGACGGAUUAGUAUAAACUGGACCACUAUGAGUUAAAAAAACAAAUACAGAUCGAGUACCAGUCAUAACAUGAAAAAAUACAUUUUCAGUUAUAAUAACAUGUCAUCAACUAUCCGUGCACCUUUGACUGCGGCUCGUUUUAAGAAGGGCUUUCAUGAAAUUAUCUGCCUUUCAGAUGUAUUAUAAGACAGGAAAAGCACAUGACGAUGACGCUGAUUAAACAACAAAGCCAAACUAAAACCGUGUGCUGCUUUCAAAGCCAUUUCAAAGUCAAGCAAAUUGGAAGCGAUUGGGCGUGAAGUCACUGCUCAUCGCCAGCCAAUCAGAGUGCUUUUUAACCGUGCGAUUCAGCUUUGAGUAUGCAAUUCUGUUAAUACUACUUCCACGGCCAUCGUAUUUCAAGCAGUGCUCAAUAUUUUAGUAGCACAAAACCCAUUUAAUAGUACGCGCACAUCGCCCAAAGGCGCCCAGAAAUUGUAACCCUCCCCUAAAUGCGGGCCCAGAAAAAUUUUAGCCCUUCCUAAAUGGGAGCCCAAAAUAUCGCAGCCCUCCCCAAAAAUUACCAGUCCCCCCCCCCCCCCCCCCCCCCCAUAGUCAAUGAUCGCUCCCCUAUAGUUUCGAGCGAACUUGACGAGGCGCUUCCCUGCGUUACUAUCAGCGUCUAUAAGAAACCAACAAACUCUCUCUUUUUUUGCGCACAUGAUCACCGCAAAAAUUCAAAAACAGCCCAAAGGAGAGAGCCUCUGCAGAGUUCAAACGAUCGCUUUUCUACUCUACGGUACGAGGUAUUCCCAUGGACUUUGAGUCCAACAUGACUCGACAGGAUUCACAUCUUCAAAAAUCGCUUUACCUUUGAGAUCAUAAUCAAGAGCACUAUCAAGCCUCCGCGUGGCAAUUCUACCACUGAAGAGAGUGACCAGUGUAUUUUGAGACCGACUCUUAAUUGAGUAAACUACUAGUUAUAGCACUUUCAGUUCUUUUUUAGUUUUCAGAUUCUCACCUAUUGUAUUGACUUUAUUGACGAGUCGCAUAAUAUUAAGAAAUAAUUAUCAACUAAGAAUUUGUGAGCAAUUGAAAAUCAUACUUACAAUGGAAUAGAUUUGGCCAGAACUAGUAAACGAUAGAUGUUCAACUGUAAUGUCUUAUCAAGUCAAUUUAUCAAAUUAGAAUUAGAAAUUGUAUAGCUGGGGUUGUAAUGCACAUGAAUAAACAUCUCCUCUUGGAGAUUUCCGAUAUCAAGGGAAAUUGCAGUUGCAACAUUGGUUUUACGAUCACAUACUGAGAUUUUUAUGGUUGUUCAUUGAGCUUGGGUGUUUAGGUGCAAUAAACAAGAAAUAAUUUGCAGGAGGAAGGAUUUUGUGGAGGUCACGACCUGGAUCUAAAUUUUUGGCGUGGUAAAGAGAAAAAACAACGACGCUAACUGUAUCAAAACUAUCGAAAUUUUGAUGUUGUUGAAGUCCAGAUUAUGGAUAUCUAUGUAUUAAUGUCCUUGAUCUGACUGGUUAUUCUCUGUACUCUGCACGCGUACGCGUCAAUAAAAACCUGUUCGAAUUAACCAUGAGAUUACUAACAAAGGAGAUCGACUUUAGUAUAUUCACUUGUAAGAAACAAGAAUUACUAGCAAUGACCUGAAUGUACGUAAAAUAGUGUUUCAGUCCUUAUCAUGAUUCAGUAUUUCUCUUGUUUUGUUUUUCACUCUGUUCAUCCUUGCGUAGAGCUCAUUACUAAUAACUUAAGCAUCUGAACAACAGAAAAGAACCAGUCACAGACCAACCUUCAAGGAAUGUAAAAUAUAAACACCCAUUACCUUAAAAUAAUGAUGAAAGAAAACAAUCUAAAGGACUUGGCAUGACUCGCUGGCGUUGAAUCAAAAUUCUAAUUUAAUACUUAACACCACCGACCUUGCAGAAGUAGAUGCACUCUAAACAUUUAACUGAGGUCAUCUUGAAUAGUUGGCAUGUUAAAAACAGAACAAACUCGAACAAACUCGAACAAGGCAUAAUCAAUACAAACGAAGCAAAAACUAUCUAUCAUGUAACAUGGUAUCGACGUCUUAAAAUUCUCUUUUGUUUAAAUUACGCAUUUUUUAGUCAUAUGGUCAGAACAAACAAAACGUGCAUGUCCAUGGGUCAGUGGGAAAAUUAUCUGAUGGUGUAAAGAUUAAAAAUAGAAACCACACCUAUGUUUUUGGCUUGUUUAGCUGGAGCUUGAACAAAAUUUUAGUUGACUACUCACACGUACUGAUUACCCACUUAACAAGGCCGGAAAUUAUUCAAUAGGUGGCUGCAAUAAAUAUUUAGCUGCUCGAGAAAGAAAUAGAAACUAGGAACAACUUAGUAACUUUAAAUAUUAAUGCCAUAAAUGGAAGUGCAAAUAAGCAGGAAAACAAGAUUGGAACUUAAUAUUGGCUAUCCAAUAAAAGAGCAGGAAGCACGGAUCACAAAAACACAGCUAGUCUCGUAAUGCUGCAGCAUUUCGCUCUGCCGUUGAUGCUUUGUAUUUCUUCGGAUUCGCUGGGAACAGCCACCUUACCUCAUAUAUCUCUUUACUCUUGAUAAAAUGUGAUUAAAUUCCGUGAAAGUAAGGGUGACCUGUUUCUGCUAAACACUUUAAACAGUGACCUUAGAACAACACAAAGCUUCAAUUCUUAAUUUCUUUUUUGUUUUAAUAACUCUACUUCAAAUGGAAAAGGGAAAAAUGUUUAGCUAAGGGGUUUCUUGGAACUUUUAUCUAAAGCAUAUUGUAAAUAAAAGGACUCGAAGAUACACGAAAAUAAGUAAACCAAGAAAAUGAUAAGUAACACACGACAGCUUCUUCGAAUGAAUGUGUUUGUUUGUGAGAACCAUCGUAUCAAACCAGCGAUCCAGAACUGAUCCCAAAUCCUUGAAUACGAACAGGUAAAACUGCUUUAUUUUUUUUGCUGCCUUAAGUGGUUACGUCAUGGUAAAUGGAAAAGUUGCAAAGAUGGAGAAGAGAAUAUCGAUCAAUAGUUUUAGUGGAGCAUACGUUUAGUAGAGGAGAAUUCCUAUAAACACGCGAUAAACAAAAGCCGAAAAUAAUUGUCCUACUUCCUGUAGUGUACAUCGGAUAUCCCAGUCUGUGAAAAAUCUUUUGUUCUAUACCCCUAGUUAUUACUGAAUUAGCCAGAUAACUGGACGAUAACAAUCUUUUCUGUAAAUAUUAUUAUCAAUAUAUUAUUAUUAUUAUUAUUAUUAUUAUUAUUAUUAUUAUUAUUAUUAACUAUUUUUAUUUUAAUUUUGUUUUUAUCCACAUUAAACAUUAAAAAUAAAUAUACCUUCCGGGAAUCGAACCCCGGCCGCGUGGCAGACGAGAAUUCUACCACAGAACUGGUACCAGUGCCCUAUUAAAAACUGACUCGUUGCCUAAAAGAGGCAUUGUGGUUUAAUUUUUAUGAUGAAAAGAAAAAAUGAAAAGGAAAACAAAACAAACAAAAACUCACAAUAACAAAUAAACAAAAAAGGAAAGGUACAAAAGGGUAUACAAAUGAUCCAGGAGUAAGCGCGCUGACUUUGUAAGGGACGCCUUGGUGCGAUGGCGGGCUAUCCUAUGGACUAUUCACUUUAAAUUCACUUUCCUAUUUAUGAAAAAGGAAAGUACCAAAGAUUCACGAGUAUUUAAGUAGUAAUGAGAACGAAGGAAGCCUCGUUGGAGCGGAUUAUUGAUCGACGAAAAAGAAUACCAAGGCAGCUGGUUAGCGGGAAAAUUGAAAGACUAUUUAAUUACUAAUCCUUUUCUAGAUAAACUGUAGAAAUCUUUAGCGAAAGACUUAUAUUUUUCAAAUUUCUACUCAUAGUUAAAUUUUCUGGAGGGACUGGAAUUCUUUCCAUUGUCUAAUAUUAAAAUCUUAGUAAUUAUCAUUAGACUAUUGCUUCGAUCAAAAUGGAAUUAUAGUUGUUCUGGGCUACUCUUUGAGUACCUUUUACUUGCAGGCCAGUACAUCUGGUCCCUAUUAUCUCUGAAUCUAAAACAAAGCAACAACAGCCAAGUUUGAACUUGUUUAGAAACACGACCAACGUGCUGAGCAGGGAAAACUAUGAGGAGGUUACGACUUGAUACUUUUUGCGUGCUAGCAAAGAGAAAAUUCAUGUAAAAGCAACAAUGAACGACAGCUAUCAGCGCUAGCAAAAUUUUGAUGCUCUUGUAAUUAAAUUACUAAACUUUGUUUGCGUGCACGUUGACGAAAAAACAAAAAAGGUAUUUCAGUUUAACUUGAAAAUAUUUGAAUUCAAGAAACAGGCGGUAGACGGUAGAUGCGCUUCUGUCUUUAUCAUGGUGAAGUAUUUAUGCCAAUACCCUAGCAGGAAUUUGGGGGGCUCUCAUUGAAGUUUUCAUUGAAGUCAAAACAGAGGUGACACUCGAGUGAUGGAAUUAAUUGGCCACUUGUCUGAGUGGCAGUUUAACUGUCUGUCAAACAAAGACGCAUUUAAAUUAACAGUAGUAAUAAAAACAAUUUGUUAUUUUUAGCAAUGGUGGGGCUGGAAAUUCGCCCAAUUGCAAAACUAAAUGAUAACCGAACAGAAGGUCUCCCGACAGAUGGCAAAGAGGGAUGGAGGCGUAGGAAACAUUUUUUUGCGCAGAGAUGUAAGCGCCGAGGUGAAAGCAAGAGGGGGCGAACGCGGGAAUGUAUACAGUUGUACGCUCCUUUAAUAGAGCGAUGAAAAUAAUUACCUCCUGAAAGAGAGGUUAGGUUGACACGAGUCGGAUGACGAACUAUGCAGCGAGACAACAAAGACAUAUUACAUUGUAUCGACAUAAAUAACAUAUGAUUAUGCCUUGACAUAACGUUUAAUUUCAACUGGUUUUGGUGCUAUUUAUCCGUUUUCCCUCUUUGCUAAGACUUCAUUACUUAUGAUAAAUGCUUAGCAACAGAAUCUUCAAAGAAUAUAGUUUAUGAACUUUUUUAGGUUGGAGCUUCCGUGGCGCUGAAUUAAAAUUGUAAUUUAAUAAUAACCCCCAACCCCCUGGAAGGGGGUGCUUUUAAGAGGUUGCAACCUUGAAUUUUUUGCGGGUUAGAACUAAAAAAGAAAACGGGCCAUCAUCAAGAAAAAUGAGGCAACAAAUAUCGUGCACAUAACAAACUUUAAGUUACUUCAAUUGGUUAAAAUCACGCAUUUGCUUCAGUACGAUGUCAACGUUGUCAAACGUGCAAACGUAUAAUGAGAUCGUUUAAAAAAGGUUACUGCAAAAAAAAAAAAAUAGAACUCAAACUUGCAAAAAAAAAAAAAAUCGAACUCAAACGAAACGUGCACAGGUAAAUGAUAUGGUUGGUAAAAGAUACGAGGUAAAUGAUAUGGUGAUUUAAAUAUAUCAUAUAAAAAUAUUUGAAACUAUACCCGCACGUAUAACGACUCACUUUAAGAGGGAAGCUUGUUCUAGAGGAAAAACAAACAAAUAUUUCUACCAUAAAAGGAAAUGAAAUAAAGAGGUAACCGCAACAUUAAAACAAAAAUAAAACAAAUAUUUGCUAUUUAACUGAUGAGCACGUAGCAUUGAUUUCAGUUAUUGCAGUGCUUUGGUUCAGCUCUCAUCAUGGUUCAGUAUUUCGUUGUUUUCUUGGUUUUCUCUUUCUCUGGCGGUUCACUGGGAACAACCACCUCACCUCAGCAACAAAACAACGCAAAGUUAAAAGAUUUAUGCGAGGUAAGAAACAAUUAUUCUGUUUUAGCUGAUAUUUUUGGGUCUUGGGAAGUGGGUGGAAAAAAAAAUCGGAUCAAAAAGGUCAGCACCGGAGUUUAUAUUGGCACAAUAAAAAUGCUACCUUCGACUCUUCUGUAGUUAAGUCUGCGUUUCAAAAUUGGCCCCAAAGGUUGAUCUCAAGGAUUGUUCUGACCUGCCUAUUUUAGAAAAUUUAUUUCGCAGUUUCUCAAUAAUAGACUGGUAUAUAGACGGCCGUAACAUGUCAACUGAAUUGAGGGCGGAGCUCUCCUUUUUGGCGUUGUUUAUGAAGGCAAGCAGCAAAAUGAAAUGCGGGGAGACUGAGCUUUGUUUUAAAAAGGAAUUUCUCUUUUCCACCACAAAACAUCAAAAUAUAUCGCUAGCUUUUAAGACUUUUUUGGCUUUAAAAAUUUAUCAGUAACUUAUUGUUAUUAUUAUUAAUAUCAUUGCUGAUAUUAUUAUCGUUAUUUUCAUUAUUAUUAUUGUUAUCAUCAUUAUUUGGUUACGCGUUGAUAAAAUCCUGUUCGAAUCAACUAAAGAGAACUAAUAAAGGAGAUCGACUUCAAUACAUUGACUUCUAAGAAACAAGAAUUUCUAGCAAUGACUGCGAUGAACGUAAAAUAGUGUUUCUGAGUCCUUAUCAUGAUUCAGUAUUUCUCUUGUUUUGUUAUUCACUCUGUUUUCUAUUCUUGCGUAGAGCUCAUUACUAAUAACUUAAACAUCUGAACAGCAGAAAAGAACCAGAACAAGAUCAACCUUCAAGGAAUGUAAAAUAUAAACACCGAUUACCUCAAAAUCAUGAUCAAAGAAAACAAUCUAAAGGACUUGGCAUGGCUUGCUGGCGAUGAAUGAAAAUUCUAAUUUAAUACUUAACACCAGCGACCUUGCAGAAGUGGAUACAAUCUUAACAUUUAACUGAGCUCAUCUUGAAUAGUCUGCAUGUUAGAAACAGAACCAACUCAAACAAAGGAUAAUAAAAAAAAAACGAAGCAACAACUAUCUAGCAUGUAACAUGGUGUCGACGUCUUAAAAUUCCCUUUUAUUUAAAUUACGUAUUUUUUAAGUCAUAUGGUCAGAACAAACAAAACUUGCACGUCCAUGGGUAAGUGGGAAAAUUGUCUGAUGGUGUAAAGAUUAAAAAUAGAAACCACGCCUAUGUUUUGGGCUUGUUUAGCUGGAGCUUGACCAAAAUUUUAGUUGACCACUCACUCGCACUGAUUACCCACUUAGCAAGGAGGGAAAUUAUUCAGUAGGUGGCUGCAUUAAAUAUUAAGUUGUUCGAGAAAGAAAUAGAAACAAGGAACAACUUAGUAACUUCAAAUAGUAAUGCCAUUAAUGGAAAUGCAAUUAAGGAGGAAAAUAAGAUUGUUACUAAUAUUCGCUAUCCAAUAAAAGAGCACGAAGUUCGGAUCACAAAACACAGCUAGUCUCGUAAUGCUACAGCAUUUCGCUCUCCCGUUGAUGCUAUGUAUUUCUUCAGAUUCACUGAGAACAGCUACCUCACCUCAUACAUCUCUUUAGCCUUGAUAAAAUGUGAUUAAAUUCCAUGAAAGUAAGGGUGACCCGUUUCUGCUAAACCACUUUACAGUGAGCUUAGAGCAACACAAAGCUUCUAAUUCUUAACUUCUUUUUUUGUUUUAAUGACUCUACUUCAAAUGGAAAAGGGAAAAACAUUUAAAUAUUGACUCGAAGAUACAAGAAAAUAAGUAAACCAAGAAAAUGAUUAGUAACACAUGACAGCGAAUGAAUGCGUUUUUUCGUCAGAACCAUCCUAUCAAACCAGCCAUCCAGAACUGAUCCCAAAUACUUAAAUGCAAACAGGUUAAGCUGCUUUACUGUUUGCUGCCUUCAGUGGUUACGUCAUGGUAUAUGGAAAAGUUACAAAGAUGGAGAAGAGAAUAUCGAUCAAUAAUUUUAUCAGAGCACAAGUAUAGUAGAGGGGGAUUGCAUAAACACGCGAUAAACAAAAGCCGAAAACAACUGUCUUACUUCAUGUAGUGUACAUCGGAUCUCCCAACCUGUGAAAAAUCCUUUGUUCUAUACCUCUUGUUAUGACUAAAUUAGCUAAAUAACUGAACGAUAACAAUCUUUUCUGUCAUUAUUAUUAGUAUCAUUAUUAUGAUUUAUUUUUUUAAUCCACAUUAAACUUUAAAAAUAGAUGCACUGGCCGGUAAUCGAACCCGGGCUUGCCGCGUGGCAGUAGAGAAUUCUAACACUGAAUUGGUAGCCUUGCCCUUUAUAAAAACUGACUCGUUGCCUUAAAAGAGGCAUUGUUGUUGAAUUUUCAUGGUGAAAAGAAAAAAGGAAAAGGAAAGCAAAACAUAAGAAAAACACGCAAAAGCAAGCAAACAAACAAAAAAGGCAAGGUAGAAAAGGGUAUACAAAUAAUCCAGGAGUAAGCGCGGCAACCUUAUCAGGGACGCCUUGGUGUGAUAGCGGGCUAUCUAAUCUUUACUUAUGGACUGUUCCCUUUAAAUUCACUUUCUUCUUUAUGAAAAGGAAAGUGCAAGAAAUUCACGCGUAUUUAAAUGGUAAUGAGAAAGAAGAAAGCUUCUUUGGAGCGGAUUUCUGAUAGACGAACAAAAGAACCAAAGCAGCUGGUCAGCGGGAAAAUUAAAACACUAUUAGUAUUCCUUAUUUCUAGAGAAACUGUAAAAACCUUUGUCUAGAGCUUACAUUUUACAAAUUUCUACUCACAGUUAAAUUUCCUGGACGACCUGAAAUUCUUUCCAUUUUCUAAGAUUAAAAAAAGUACAGAAAGAAAGACAAAGGAAAAAAACCUGGAAUUCUGUUUCUUAGUUUAAAAUAAAUUAUCAUUAGUAUAAUUGCUUCUAUCAAAGAUGGAAUUAUAGUUGCUCUAGCUCGGCAACUCUUUGAGUAUCUUUUACUCGCAGGCCAGUUUGCUGGUCCUCAUUAUCUCUGUAUUUUAAAACAAAGCAACAACAGCCAAGUUCGAGCUUGUUUAGAAACACGACCUACGUACUUAGCAGGAGAAACAUGAUGAGAAGGUCACGACUUGAUAUUUUUGGCGUGCCAGCAAAGAGAAACUUCCUGAAAAAACAACAAUAAACAACAGCUAUCAGCGCUAUCAAAGUCUUGAUGCUCUUGUAAUUACAUUACUAAACUCUGCUUACGUGCACGUUAAUAAAAAACAAAGAUGAAAUCUCAGUUUAAGCUUUGAAAAUAUUUGUACUCAAGAAACGGGCAUGGCAGUGAUAGUAGACAGUAGCUACUUGCGGAAUAACGGUUCUGUCCUUAUCAAGGGACCGAUUCCCUAGUAGGAAUUUGGAUAGCUCUCAUUGAAGUCGCAACAGAAAUGACACUCGAGUGAUGGCAUUAAUUGGCCACUUGUCUGAAUAGCAGUUUAACUGACUGUCAAACAAAGACGCAUUUAAAUUAACAGCGAUAAUACUAGACAAUUUGUUAUUAUCAGCAAUUGUGGGGCUAGAAAUUUGCCCAAUUGCAAAACUAAAUCAUAAUCGCACAAAGUUCUCCCAACAGAUGGCAAAGAGGGACGGAGGGGAGGGUGAAAGCAAGAGGCAGCGAACGCGGGAAUGUAUACAGUUGUACGCACUUUUAAUAGAGCGAUGAAAUUUAUUGCCUCUUGAAAGAGAGGUUAGGUUGACACGAAUUGGAUGAUCAACUAUGCUGCGAGACAACAAAGACAUAUUACAUUGUAUCGACAUAAAUAACAUAUGAUUGUGUCUUGACAUGACGUUUGAUUUUAACUGGUUUUGUUGCUAUUUAGCCGUUUUCUCUCUUUGCUAAGAGUUCAUUACUUAUGACAAAUUCUUAGUUACAGAAUUUUCAAAGAAUAUAGCUUAUGAACUUUGUCAGUUGGAACUUGCGCGGCUGGUACUGAAUUAAAAUUGUAAUUUAAUAAUAAGCACCAACCACCUGGAAGUGGGUGCUUUUAAGGGGUUGCAACCCUAAUUUUUUUUGCAGGUUAGAACUAAAAAAGAAAAGAGGCCAUUAUCAAGAAAAAUGAGGCAACAAAUAUCGUGCACAUAACAAACUUUAAGUUACUUCAAUUGGUUAAAAUCACACAUUUGUUUCAGUGCGAUAUCCAAGUUUUCAAACGUGCAAACGUGUAAUGAGAUCGUUUAAAAAAAGGUUACUGCAAAUGGAAAAUCGAAUCGAAACGAAAAUAUUUGAAACUAUACCCGCGCGUAUAACGACUCACUUUAAAAGGGACGCUUGUCCGAGAAGGAAAACAAACAAAUAUUUCUACCAUAAAAGGAAAUGAAAUAACGAGGUGACCAGUAACAUUAAAACAGGAACAAAACAAAUAUUUGCUAUUUAGCUGAUGAGCACGUAGCACUGAUUUCAGUAAUCGCAGUGUUCUGGUUGGGCUCUAAUAAUGGUUCAUUAUUUAGCUGUUUUCUUGGUUUUCUCUUUUUCCGGUGGUUCACUGGGAACAACCACCUCACCUCAGCAACAAAACACCGCAAAGUUAAAAGAUUUAUGCGAGGUAUGAAACAACUAUUUUGUUUUAGCUGAUAUUUUUGAGUGUCGGGCAGUGGGUGGAAAAGAAAAUCGCAUCAAAAAGUUCCACAACGGAGUUUGUAUUUGCACAAUAAAAUGCUAGCUUCAACUCUUCUGUUGUUAAGUCUGCGUUUUAAAAUUGGCCCCAAAGGUUGGUCUCACGGAGUGUUCUGACCUACCCAGUUUUAGACAAUUUAUUUCGGAGUUUCUCAAUAAUAGACGGGUAUCGAUAGACGGCCGUGUCAUGUCAAUUGAAUUGAGGGCGGAGUUCUCCUUUUUGGCGUUGUUUAUGAAGGCAAGCCGCAAAAUAAAAUGCAGGGAGACUGAGCUUUGUUUUUAAGGGAAUUUCUCCUUUCCACUAUAAAACAUCUACAAGAUAUGUCGCUAGCUUUUAAGAUUUUUGGGGGGUUUUAAAAAUUGAUCAUUAACUUAUUAAUAUCAUUGCUAAUAUUAUCGUUAUUCUCAUUAUUAUUAUUAUUGUUAUCAUUAUUAUUUGGUUAUUAUAUCAUCAUCAUCAUUAUCAUUAUCGUUAUUAUUUUUUAUUAUUAUUAUUAUCCUACUCUGAAGAAUUUGCAUUCGUCACCAUAGCCAAAGCUCCUACUAUUAAGUGAUUCUGAAGCAUUUACAUUCCUCAGCCGAGCAACUCUCUUUCUUAAAUGCUUGCGCUUUCCCGACUUUUCCUUUUUUAAUUUUAACCAUUUGGGUAGCUCCGUGACAGGCGUUCCCUUGCUUUCACCCCUACCCCAGGGACUACUAUUAAUAACAAUUAUAUGACACCAUCCUUGCUAUCUUUUUAUCGAAAAACACUAUGUCAUGCCGACGAUGUUCGACGCCGCGAUCAUCAUCAUCAUCAUCAUCAUCUUGAUUACUAUAAUUAUUAUUUUCUUUUCUUCUUUCUUUAUUUUGUUUUGCUUAGGGGGAUAACUGGGAGUUCACCAAACCGUUUGUCAAGACCGCUUUCUUUAUCAAUAUACGUAGCCUUACUAAAAUAAGUCUUGAUAUAAAAUUCCUGCUCGGUUAUUUAUUAAAAUUUCCUGUUUCCCAUACAUUAUAUAUGUUGACAUGAAUUUUGAUUAAAACUUCUCGCCGAUCUUCACUACUAACUGAAAACGUACGCUUUCAUUCCCGCUUUGCCUAUAGGCGUGCGGGCAAUUUUUCGCCAGGGCGGGGUGGGUUGUGAGGUGCGGGGUAAACUAUUUUCCCAAAAAAAUCUCACAAGUUGCCCAAAUUUUUACGAAACCGUCGAAAAGAAAUAAUGAGGGUCAUACGAUGCAACAACAUAGGCCUACAUAUGAAGUGAAAGUAUUCUUACAUAUGAAUCUAUUAUAUGGGCUCAUAAAAUACGUUAAAGCAAAUAGCUGUCUUCGCCAUUUUGAAUGCCGAAAAUAUCAAUGAUACGAACCAUGUCAUUUGUUUACUGCAGAGUUGGCAUAUGCGCAAUCAAUCUGCGUAAUAUACUGAAUGAUCGAUCGUGCUGUAGAACACAUGCAGCAGGUAUCACUCCAAGGAUAUGUACCACAUUAGAAAACACUGGAAACAUAUCAAAUACAUUAGUCUCGUGCAUUUUCUGCACAUUUCUUGAACAGUCAUUGAGCCUAAUCUGCGCACAAGACGAAAUCUCGCGUACAUUUUCUGCUCGGCUUCGAGAAUCUCGCCGUCGAUUUUGUACAAUUUAGCAACGCAAGAAAAGUUUUCUUUAUCAAGUGUUUCACUGUGACAGAUGUUUCCCAAAGCACAGAGUAUUUCCUGAUAAUUUCCGCUAAACCUGAGAUUACGCUUGGACAGCACUUUGUCGAUGGACGCAUAGUAAAUGUUAUUAUUAUUCAUUCAAAAUAUUUCCACGAUUCUGAUUGGCUAAAAGCUCACGUAUAAUUCACGAUACCAAGCUACUGAUAACCAAGUUUUGCGUUUAAUGAACCGUUGACGUCAAAAGUACAGCCUUUUUGCUUGUUAAUGCACCGGUAACCGAGAAGACCUGGGGACGAGGUUGAGUCGUGUUGGUUGUGAAAACAAACAUGGCGGACAUGUCUCUCGUUUCAAGAGUAAGAACUAGGCGAAAUAAUAGCUAAAAACAUGGCAAGAACAGCAAGAAGACAACUCGAAGGGCGAAAUCUGCUAUUUGGUGAACAUUUGCGGAGCUGAACAACCUUAAACGUGGACUAUCGAAGAUGAACUUAACAUCGAUGGAGGUAAGCAUGUUUUAGCUAUUUUUUUUAAACUGGGAAUUUUUUAACUGAAUAAUAAAACAAUUAUUGAAUUCGGCUUUCCUAUCAUAUGAAGAAUUAUGGAGAUCUCGGAGGGUGGUAUCCGCCUCGGCCUACGACCUCGACGGAUAACACCCUCCUCGAUCAUUAAUUGUUAAAUAUGGUGGUUAGCCUGCGCCACAGGCGAAACUGCGCCUAUGGCUUUGCCUCUAAGACACUGCAAUUACUCUCCCAGUACAUUACCUCCGUUCACUGCUAUGAUAUGCUAUGGCUCUUCUUUUAAUGACUCAACUUUACUUUCAGAAAUCUAUACUGAGUCAUGGUUUUCCAGGCAUUCCAGGGUCAAAUGGCAUGCCGGGAAUGCCGGGCGUGCCUGGGCCGCAGGGACCCCAGGGAAGAGAAGGUCCAAAAGGACAAACUGGUGAUAAGGGAUCGCAAGGAGUACCGGGUCCAAGAGGAGACAGAGGGCGCGAAGGGCCACCCGGGAAAAGCGGACCGCCAGGAAUCAUGGGAACAAAAGGUGAAUCGGGGCUUGUGGGAAUGAAAGGAGAGCCAGGCAUUGUGGGAAAUCAAGGAAGAAAAGGAGACAAAGGAGAGAAAGGAGAAAGCGCCAAAGCAAGUCAAGCAAGUGUAGUACCACAAACCAACUGGAAACAAUGUGUGUGGAAAUCAUCCAGCGGUGCUGAUAGCGGAAAGAUUAAGGUAAACAAGAAACGCCUUAAAAGCUAAACACGAAGUAUGUAUAAGUACCACAGACGAUUAUCACAGGUGGAAAGAGGUUUUUCAGAGAUAUUCUUUAAAGCACAGCAAUGACCCCAACCUCAUUCUCUCAGCCUCUAUCCCCAAUCAACCUUUCUCCAGCUGGCAUUAAUUUCUGUGUUAUUUAGCAUUAUUACAGUUGCAGACGUGUUAAUCGUUUUUUUUUUUUUUCGGUUUGUUUGUUUUGUUUUUUUGUUUGUUUGUUUAUUUUCAGGACUGUGCUUUUAACAAGUUGAAGUCUGAUACUGCGCUUAAAGUCUCAUUUCAUGGAGUCAUGAGGGUCAUAGGUGAUGUUAAGUGUAAUAGGUGGUAUUUCAAAUUCAGUGGAAAUGAAUGCAGUGGACCAAUGACGAUUGACGCUGUUGUUUACAACGACUGGUCAUCUGGGAACCCCCAGCUGCUGCAUCAUCGUUCAUUUGAGGGGUACUGUGAAAAUAUUCCACAAGGCGCGGUUAGAGUGGAAUUAUGGGUAGGAAAGUGUAGUGGCUACACCCUGGGAGACGCUUACACUGGGUGGAUUUCAGUGUCCCGGAUAAUGGUAGAAGAAGUGUCUAGGCCCCAGUCCUAA